GGGAAAAGUCCCAGAAAUAUGUCCAUAAAUAUAAUGGUGAAACAGUGGAUCUCUUUCAGUAGAACAUUCAAGACGAAACCAUCAAAAUGUCCAGAUAUUUGGCCUACCUGUGCCUCGUGCUGUUGUGGAGUGGCCACCUAAAUGCCGAUCACUUUGAGGAGUGUGAAGGGGUCGACGACGAAUCGUUUGUGCAAAGUUGGGAAAGCUGCCAGUCGUACGUUUACUGCCAGGGUGAGGAUUCGCUGAAGGGCGAUUGCGAUAAGGGGGAAUACUUUGAUUCGGAGACGGGAGGCUGCGAUGUUGCUGCCAAUGUACAAUGCUUUCUGGACGAGGUCGACGAACCUGCAGAGCCGGAACCCGAACCGGAAGUUGAAGAGGAAAUCGUACCCGCCACGCCCAAGCCAACGGAUCCGCCAAUUGAACCACCCAGCGAAGUGGAUGUCCUGGACAUUGCCCCAGUUGUGAAGCCCAGUUGCCCGACCAGCGAUGAUCCCAGUCAGGUGAUUUUGAUGGCCAGCAACGAAUCGUGCACCAACUACUAUCUCUGCUACCACGGACAUGCCAUGGAAAUGCACUGCACCAAUCAGCUGUAUUUCAACGCUCUAACCGGACAGUGUGAUUACCCGGAGAAAGCCCAGUGUGCGCUGGAGGACCCCCGCUCCCACAAAUGUCUGCCACACAUGACCGAGUUCUUUCCUCAUCCGGACAAUUGCAACUACUUCUACUACUGCAUCAAGGGCUUCCUGACCCUCCAGCAGUGCCCCUUCUACUACGGAUGGGACAUCGAACGGAGGAGUUGUGUGCAGAUAAGUGUGGCGAAAUGCUACGGAAACUCCCGUCGAACCUAGAACGGAAACUCCCAGAAACAAAUAACUCAUUAAGGCUAAGAGAAGUUGUCUACCAUUAGCUGAUAAGCACUGUAUUUAUUGAUAAGUUACAAGAUUGUGGCAA